AAAAAACAUCAGUCACACGUCAUAUUUUUGUUGAUUUAUUUCUAUCUUCUUGAAAACAUUUUUUUUUAAUGAAAUGUUACCAAGAUUAUUAAAAGCAAAUGAUAUCCGCAAACAUCAAAUAAAUACUUUAAAGAUAUUUAAUGAAAACGUUGCUGAAAUUAUCGAAGGAGAAGAAUAUGAUUUAUAUUUUAAUUCUGGAGGUAACAAUUUAUGUUUAAAAGUAUCUUUACCUAAAGAUUUUCCCAAUGAAAAACCUUCGUUAAAAAUAAUACCCACAAUAGUACAUACUUGGAUAACUAGUGACGGUGAUAUUACUUCAGCCCCUGGUUUGCUUAAUUGGACUGUACAUUCGGAUUUAGGUAGAGUAGUACAAGCAAUUAUUAGAGAGUAUCAAAGAACUCCACCACCUUUAGCUGUUAAUCAAUCAGCGAGUAUGUCACCUACGAUUCCAAUAAGUAAAAAAAUAUUUUUUAUUUGUCAAAAACUAGUUUUUAUUAUUGAAAUUUCAGAUGGCGAAAUUCGGGCGAGUCCAAUAAAUUUCUCCACGUUCUCAAAUAUGAAGAGUUUUUCACCUCCACCUCACCCACAACAAAUUCUGUCUAUUCCAGAAUUAUCGACGUUAACUUUAGACGAAUUACAAUUUUUGAAUGAAAAUACAGACAAACAGGACGAAUUUAUUGAACAACUUGCCCCUAUUAAAGAACAAAACAAAGCUUUAGACAGUUUAAUUCAAAACGUAGAAGAACUAGCAGAAAGUAACUUUAGUAAAGAAGAUAAAUUAAAAGAACUGAAAAAAAGCGUAGAAAAUAGAUUAGAAGAAAUAACAAAAUUGGCGUUUGAAAAUGAAAGAUUACAUUCUGUGUAUCAACAAUUAUAUGACAAAUACGCUCCGAGAAAUAUACAGGAACAACUUAAGUUAGAAGCAGAAAAGGCCGACAUAGAGAGUGAGAGAGUAGCCGAAUCGUUUUUAAACGGAGAUAUAGACGUCGAUAAAUUCGUUAGUGAUUUUAUUAAAAUUAAAACUUUGUCACAAAGUAGAAAAACUAAGGAAGAAAAAUUAGGUCAGCAAUUAGAUAGACUGGAACAAGCUGGAUUCUAAUUACUUUCGUGCAAUUCUAGUUUGUAGUUUUUUUAAUAAUAAAAUAAUUCAUAAUCAA